AUGGGGUCGAUGCGCGCCUCUCCUGCCGGACUCGUGCUGCUCGCCCUUGCGCUCAUUGCCGCCUCCGCUUCUCCUGCUCGCUUUGUUUUCCGCACCUACGCCUCUACUUUCCCCCAUCUGCUCUCUCAUGUCUGCUCUCAUAACUUUUCUACUUUCUCCUCCCUACACGUAUGUGCAGCAGCUCAGAUGAUGACGGCAGCGCAUGGUGACGACACGAUGAAAAGCAGCAUGGCACACCGUAGCAUGCUGCGAAGCACGAUGCUGAAAGGCGCGUAUGCCAGUAGGGAAGGCGCAGAGGCGGAGACAGCGAGCAGGAAGGGCAAUGCACGCCGGAUUGCGCUAGAGACCACCACCGCUGGCACCACCGGCAGCAGCACCCCCCCUGACGACACCCCUACUGUCAGCAACCCCCCUGUCAAUAUCCCCAUUGACAGCACCCCUCCUCUUACUGUGGCGCCUGCCCCUCUGGACCCCAAUCCCACACUCAAAUACCCUCACAUACCGCACUGCACCCAUGCCCACCCCUCAGCCUCACUCUGUGGCGCCUGCCCCACGGGAGCCACCUGCAAGACUAAGCUGACUCCUGACUCAACGCUGUCAGUGCCGUACUGUUCGUGCCCUGACGGCUAUGGGAUAACCACAACCGGCUGUGUUCAGGGUAGACAUCCCACUGUCUCCUCCUACAGCUACACCUACGUCAUGAACGACAUGUAUGCCUACACCUUCCGCCUCAGGCUGAAUGUAUGCACUCCGAUUCCGGAAGGAGCGCUUGGCCUGGUCACGAUAAUAUAUGGCAUGGACAACAUUGGGGAUGCUCCCGCUUGCAGCAAUAUUAAGUUCUACGAUUCGAAUUAUUGUCAAGGCAAAGCUUUCUACGAAGAGUGGCCACUCGAGCAAGCAUUUCAGGACCUUUUGAGGGGACAUGCUAUAACGGGCCAACAGUAUGUUACAGGCGGCUCAAUUAUGUGUAGGUAG